AACGCAGACGCCCGAAGAAGUGGUAGUAGGUUCCGUGCGCGCUCGGUCGUGUAUAGUGUGCUACAGACUUUGGAAUCGCGAUUUUUUGUUGACUUUUCAUUACAUGUUCUUCUUUCGUAUCGAAUUUGUUUCUUCUUUCUUUCAUUCGUCGUCGACGUCGUUGUUGUUGUUAUUGUUGUUGAUUUAGUUAAAAAAAUCGUCGGCUGGGGGGAUUUCCGCCAAAAACCUUACCUACCGAUCACAGACUGAUAGAGAGCGUACAUACAGCUUCAAGCUAGCACCAGAAGGUCGAAAAGUGCACCGCCCGGGAUCCAUUCUUCCCCACCUACCUCUCUGUCCGCAAGGCGCGCGCGGCCUUUCGUAAUAGUGGCGCAAAACGUGCCCCCCAAUCCCGCAGUAUAAUUGGGUUGUGUGGUGGCAGUAGAAGGAUCCGACUUCGAUCCGGAGUCCCAGAAAGCGGGAACGUGAAGCAAAAUUCCACCGAGUCAAGUCGCUGGAAACGAGUUUCCAGUUUUCGCGGCCGGCCAGAGCUACAAGUGAGAGCAAAUUUCGCGACGACGGUGCUGCGACGAGCGUCAUUCACAUUUCACUAUUCGAAGUUGUUCGCCCCGAAAAAAAGGAGUAUUUCGCGGCAGGAGCCAGUUGCAAUUUUCUAGUGUUGCGUGUCGUGCAUGUGUGUUGUUGAGAAGAAUUUUGCACAUCACUGUCACGGAUUGCAUUUGGAGCAGUUAAAGUUUUUUUCUGUUUGUUUUUGGUGCCUCCAAGCUGUUUGACAGAUCUGUUGUGAAGUGUAUGUGUGUGUGGAAAAGCUUCACCGAAAAGAAGCAAGUGCUGUGCAAGUUGUAGCAUCACGCGCAUCGCGACGACAUAGUUUCGAUUUUGCUGUAGCCGCUCGAGGAAUUGUCGCCCCGAACAGUUGGAUCAUCGGUUGGAACACAUUCAAAAGCAGAUAGGGACAGCGCUAAUAUUAUUGCUGUUACUGCUGCUGUCAAGAUUUGGACCGGACACACAAUGAAGCAGAUCAAUCUGGAGGACACACCACCGCUGACGCUGGCGGCAAUCGUGCGGCGUCGGGCGGAGGCCAUCAAACACAACAGCGAGUGCGAAACGGACGACCAGCGGCACAAUCAGACAUUUCCACCACUUAGCACGGGUACGAUCGUAGCCUCGGAUUCCGGCGUGUUCAUGUCGACGACGGACAUUGAUAGGACGCACAGUGCUAGUGCCAGUACGCAGCAUCUCAGUGCCGUAGAAGAGUACACGGAAGUGCCGGGUCCGAAACCGACUUACGUAAUCGGCGAAAAGGACGACGAGGAUGAAGUGGAACUAGACGCAGACGAGGAUGAUGAGGAUGUGGAAUCGAACCACUCGCGUGAGAGUAGUAAGACUGAACGGAAACUGAACAAGCGCACUUGCCAGAGUUUACCGGACGUGAAUAGUCCUCGACCUCGAGCUUUAACCGCCGCAGUAACCACCUGUGAUAGUAGUAGUGAUAUAGUAGUAGCGCCUAGGAAGGACGAGACUGAUCAUCGGGUUGCCAGCGGGGCCACCAAACCCUGCGACACUGGUGGUGUAGUCAGGAAAGCUUCGGCACCGGUAGCGGCAGGUCCGGCUAUCAGCCACCAGCAGCGGGCGAAAUUCGACGACGCCAGUCUGCUGCAGGCGUUUUCCAUCGAUCCGAAGCUGAUCAACAAGUACGACGGGCUGGAGCAUACGUUGUACUACAUCGACGAAAAUGGUAGCCCGAAGUUGCGGGAUAAGUUUUCCGUGCAGCAGCAGCUUGCGGAGGAAAAGAAACGUCGCAAGCAGGAGAAAAAGUUGGAGAAAGGCGGAUCGGACGGGGAAGAGGCGACAACCCAGUGUACCUGUUUUAGCUUUAGUCGACUGACGAGGAAGGUCCGGGAAAUGUGUAAGGAUGGUUCAAAAGUGACAACGGUUGUGGCGACAGCCGGCCAAGGACCAGACAGACCACAGGAGGUAUCAUACACGGAUACGAAAGUGAUCGGCAAUGGAAGCUUCGGGGUCGUCUUCCAGGCGACGCUCUGUGAUACGGGCGAGCUAGUUGCAAUCAAAAAGGUGUUACAGGACAAGAGAUUCAAGAACCGUGAACUACAGAUUAUGCGACGGCUAGAACACUGUAAUAUUGUUAAACUAAAAUAUUUCUUUUACUCCAGCGGCGAGAAGCGUGAAGAUUUCCCCCUAGACAUGGGCAUAUUUGCCGGUGCAUUACAAUCACAGAAAGACGAAGUUUAUCUCAACCUAGUGCUCGAAUAUAUUCCAGAAACCGUUUACAAAGUGGCUCGUUACUAUGCUAAAAACAAACAAACGAUACCAAUCAAUUUUAUCAGACUUUAUAUGUACCAGCUAUUUAGAAGCCUUGCUUACAUUCACUCGCUCGGUAUCUGCCAUCGUGAUAUCAAACCCCAGAACCUGUUGCUGGAUCCGGACACGGCCGUGCUGAAGCUGUGCGACUUUGGCAGUGCCAAACAGUUACUGCAGGGCGAACCAAAUGUGUCGUAUAUCUGCUCGCGAUACUACCGGGCACCGGAGUUAAUAUUUGGUGCCAUUAAUUAUACCACGAAAAUUGAUGUUUGGAGUGCGGGAUGCGUACUAGCCGAACUGUUACUGGGACAGCCAAUCUUCCCCGGUGAUUCGGGUGUCGAUCAGUUGGUAGAAAUCAUCAAAGUCCUCGGCACGCCAACCCGGGAACAGAUCAAGGAAAUGAACCCUAACUACACUGAAUUUAAGUUCCCUCAGAUCAAGAGUCAUCCAUGGCAGAAGGUAUUCCGGGCACGCACUCCUCCGGACGCGAUCGCUCUAGUGUCCCGGCUGCUGGAGUACACACCGGGCACCAGGAUUACACCGAUCCAAGCAUGCGCGCAUCCGUUCUUCAACGAGCUGCGAGAGGGCAACAAAACACUACCGAGCGGGCGCGAGUUCCCGCCACUGUUCAACUUUACCGAGCAAGAACUAGCGAUUCAGCCGAGCCUGAACCUGAUCCUGAGGCCCCGGAAUCCGAACGAUGCGAAAGCCGGCCAGUCGUCCAGUUCGGUCGAUGGCGGUAGCAGCGGUGGCAACGGAGCCGGUGCCAACAGCACCGGCGGCACCGGCAGCAACAACAACGGCGGUGGCAACAAUGGCGGAAGUAGCAAUAGUGGUGGCGCCCAGGUGGAUAGCUCCCAGGUGCAGGGAGGUAGUGGCAGCAGCCAGGGAGCCGUCGGCGGGGCGCAAUCCGUCGGCGGCGGUGCGGAAGAUAUUACGUCAUCACAGUCCGUACCCGGUGUGGACAGUAGUUCCAGUCAAGGAGCUAUAGCGCCAGCGGCAACUUCGACGAUGGGUUAGCUUUAAAUCGUACACAUAAAAUAUUAUAUAUUUUUUAAUUUUAAAUAUUAAUUUAAAUCGAGGAUAAAAACAAACGUAGGAGAAAGCAAAAAGCAAGAGAUGAAAAUAAAAAAACUGCGAAAAUCGUGGAAAAGUUUAUCAAAUAACUAGCGGGGGAAACAAAACCACACAUUGAUACUAUAGAAGAAUUUAAUAUUUCAAUAGAAAACAAGCUAAAAGCCACUAAUAGAAAAAAAAAAAACCCUUUGCGAACGCCAAUGCGAGGCAAAAAAACCCAAGUAAAACAUUACUAAAAUUUUCAAAAGCGAUGCAAAUAAUAUUUCAACCAAUAUUAUUCUUAUUCAAGAAAAAUCUUAACGCAACCACAAGCAACAACACACACACAAGUCUAGAGGAUCAAUACCAAGAGUCACAAUUUCUCCAAUCAGCAAAAAAAAAACAAAUUAUGAAAAGAAAAAAGUAGUUUCAAUUUGCUAGUUAUAGUUGAAAGUUUAGUUUUUCGUUCUCUUGUGACUGUUGUGCAAAACACACAUAUAUAUACAUAUAAAAUAAACAGAGCGUUAGGUGGGAUAUAAUCGAAAAUCUUCGGUUGAUGAAGAUUUUCCCGUGUUUAUUAUUACUUAUUUUGUUUUUCAAGUUUUGACAGCGCCAGCAUGUAUCGUGUUGGAGUCCAGUUUUUUUUAUUUAAGUAAACAAAAAAAUAAUAAUCAAGAAGUCGUGCCCGCCGUGACGAAAGCGCUGUAAUUUGUACGCGCACUGCGUGCGAUUUUCAUAGGUUGGUAAAAUUGUGUACGUGAAUCGAUUUCUUACUAAGCUGGUGGAUACGAGGCGAACGUUGUAGGUUUAUCUUGUGUAGUAGUGUGGGGAAAUUGUUUAUAUUACUAUUAACGAAUGAAAACUAGAUACUAAUAAACACACACACAGAUACACGAGUACCACUAUUAUAGCAGUCUUUUGAGCAUUGUGAGAUAAGUCAGAUUGUGCAAAAAUAGUAAAGCAAAAAUCAGCAUUAUUCAAACUUCUCUUAAUCUUUGAAAUUUGUAAAGCAUUAGAAGAAACGGGGGUAACCCAAUGAAGAAGAAGCAAAGGAAAGGAUACGGAAAGUGUGCAGGUAAGUUUCUGGAAGUUGUAGUUCAUGGGUCACCCAUCAAUCAAGUCUAGAUGGACACGCAGCAUGAAAGCAAAACACAUUAAAUGGAAAAUUACGCGGAGAGAGACAUGCAUAAUUAAAAUAAUCAAACAAUAAAUUAUUUUAAACAAGAAAAUACAGAAAAAAAAUCAAUGAAAACCCUUUUUUGUAGUAUAAAGAAAAUAUAUAUAUUAUUGCAUAAGUAAUUUAAAUUUAAAAGUAAAAAAUAUAAAAAAAGAGAAAAAAGGUAAACCGUAAUUGAUUAUUUAACUGGAAGAACACACGGAAAGCUAAUGCUUCCCGUGUCGGAAAACAAGAAACUAGCCGAAAGUUGUAAUUAGAGCAAAAUAAACAGAAAAAUACACAAUGAAAAAAUAUCGUUGUCGCUCUUAAGCAGUACAGACAUAAAAAUAAAACAAACAAAGGAGUCGUGAAACAUAAUAUUUAACAACACACACACAUAGUAAUUGCUACAAUUUUUAGCUAUUAGAUAUUUUAAUCAGCUAGAAAAAAAGUAAAUAAAGGAAACAAAAUGUUAAAA